AUGUCCUCGCCUCCUACUUCUAAGCGAAUCAAAACCACUGUCCCAGCCAACCCUCCACCCACGCAACACGCUUUAAAUCCAGCAGCUGCCCCCUUCCCCGGCCCUAACCAAUUUGACGCUCCUCCGAUGGUACCACCUCCUCAACCCACCGCGGCCACAGCAGUAACCCCCCAGCACCAGCCAGGAAACGUGCCGGUUGCAAACCCCCGGAAAAGACGUGCGUCAUUCCAACAGAACGCGCACAUGUCUGAUAUAGCAUCCCCGCAACUAACUGCCCCUGCUGAAGGUGAAGGGAACUCAACAGGCGCCGCUGCAACUCCAGAUGUAGCAGGCAAGAAGAAAGGUCGAACAAACACCCCGUGGACGGCGGAAGAAGAACAGAGACUCAAAGCAAUGCGAGACUCUGGUAACACCUGGAGCGAAAUAGCCAAGACGUUUCCUGCAAGAACGGAGGGCAGUGUCAAGAAACACUGGUACAAGGAUAUGCACUAUGCCGAAUUUGGCGAAGAAGACUCUAUAGCUCUGAGAGACGCCAUCAAAGAAUACGAGGCGAACAAAUGGAAAGUCAUUGGCCAGAAGAUUGGAAAGCCCGCAAAGGCAUGCGAACAGUACGCGAAGGAUCACUUCAGAAAUUUGUAA